CGUUAUCCAAUCAGACACAAGCAGCAGCCGAAAGCGAUGCAACAUGGCACACUAAAGAUGGCUACUGCACCCUAUCUGACGAUGGACGCCUGACAAGGAGCUACUUCUAAAAUAACAUUACUAUGCGGAUGCAACCUUCGACGGAGGCGGCUCCAUGCAUAUUAUGCUAAGCAUCUGGACGCACCACAGGAGGAACAACUAAUCCACCCAAAAAAUAGCUGGAUUGCGUUUGCUGGCUUCUUUCAAGGCUGCACCUACCUGCUGUCUCAUUCUGCCUCCAAAUUCAUCACGCAUCUGCAGGCUGACAGUGAGAGCUCUUAUUGUCCAAAUUUGGAUUUGGCAUGCACUGACGGGAAUCUGUCAGGUGGUGUUGACUGGUGAAGAAGUAGAGCAUGAGGAGUGGUUGCUGUUCCCAUGGAAUCAAAGGAUAUGAAACAGGAGGAAGAUCCCGUUGCUUUGGGCUUGUUGACUCACCAGGCUCUGGGGAAGCUUAGGGAUCAGCUUAGCAGCCUACUGGACCAGCACCAGAAGAUAACAUACCGACGGGCCUCUACACAGGAACAGUGGGUGAAUAGUUUUCUUUACCAUGGUAACCGCCACUCCUGUCUCCACUGGUCGGGAGCUGCUCUCACUGUGCUGGUGGCAUUUGGACUCUUGUGUUGCUAUGGCAGUCAACCAGAGGGCAGUUCUGGUAAUGAGGUGGUGAAUGCUGCUGCCCUCCUCAUCCUUUUGUUGUUGAAUCUGAUGCUGGUCAGAAGACAGGAGAAGCUCAAAAGGAAUGAGAUGGUUCGGCGUCUCAAAGGCAUCAUCACACAGCUCAGUGAUUAUCUUUCCGGUUGGCUUGGCGAAGUGCGGUGGCUGCCAUGUCUUUACCCCGAUCUCUACACGCCCUCCUCCCCGUCGUGGUCCCUUCACUGGACAUACCGUGACUCCCAGUUGGUCAAUCUGCCUGUCAGUCUGCUUGUGGAAGGAGAUAUAAUUGCUCUCAGACCUGGGCAAGAAGCAUUUGCAUCUCUCAGAGGAAUAAAGGAUGAUGAACACAUUGUUUUGGAACCAGGAGAUUUGUUUCCUCCAUCUUCUCCAUCUCCUGCACGAGCAAAUGAGAAAAUAGGACCCCAGAGCCCACAACAUCAUCGUCUCUUCAGAGUUGUCCGGACUCCGGUUAUAGACGUAGUCAGGAGUAGUUUGGAGUUUGCAGGAUCCCGGCCAAUUACAGUGCUCGACAAUGAGAGGUUUACAGUGCAGUCUGUCAUCACCAAGCUUGUCUGUCCUGUUGUGCUGGUAACGUUCCUGCUGGUAAACUCCAUACGCUACUUUUGUGACGCGCCCAACCUCACCCCCAACAGCUACAAUUUUUUGCAGCUUCAGUUGAUGGGUGUUCUGCCUGUCUUACCACUGCUAUUCCCUGUCAUGUGGGUACUGGUCAACGCAUUUGGAGAGGCGAGGGUCCUUGCUGAGUUCAGCCAUGUAUCUCCAGCGGGAUUGCUUGCUAAAUUCUCUGAGGACACUCUAAGCAGCUACACUGAAGUGGUUUCCUCCCAGGAGAUGAUGCUUUGUGUGUGGAGACACUUCGUUGGUGUCCUGAAGGGAGAGUCUCAGACUCUCUGCUACACCUCCAGCCUCUUACACACACUUGGGUCUGUCACUGUAUUGUGUUGUGUGGACAAACAGGGUAUCCUGUCAUGGCCUAAUCCAAGCCCUGAGACAGUGCUGUUCUUCAGUGGAAGAGUCGAACCACCUCACAAUAGCCAGGAGGAUCUAAUAGAUGGCCUGUCAGUGAACUCCUACUGCAAAGUGGAGACUGAUGAAGACAGAGAUGAGACCCAGGAGGUGGAAACUCUUGUCCCUCUACCAGAGGAGCCCACCACCCAACUUGGAGAAAUACCUGAGCCCAGUGAGACAUUGCACGAUAUGGCUCAUUCAAUAGACACACUAAUGCACUGGCGGUCCAGCCAACCUAUAAAUACUCACACCAAACACAACUCUGGAUCCAGUGUGAGCUUCAGUCGCAAUACAGAGGGAGGCGAGGAACAAGCCCAGGAAUUUCCAAUGGCUUACCGAGAAUCUGAGGCAGAGGAUUAUGUGUGCGACUAUCAACUGGAAAUGUUGAGUCUGUCACAAGACCAGCAAAAUCCAGCAAGUAUUCAGUUUGAUGACCUCUCGUGGCAGUGUCACUUGCCUUCGCUGAAGCCACUGGGCCUCAACAUAAUGCUAAACCUCUGCAACAACAAUGUCACACAGCAGCUCUGCCGCUUCUCUGAUCAUUUGUCUAACUUGGCACUGCAAGAGAGCCAUGGCAGUGUGCAACCUGUUUAUGUUCCUUGGGGGCUCGGUGAGCUCUCCAGGCUCAUAGGGUUCACUCCUGGUGCAAGGGAGAUGUUUAAACAGGAGAGCCACUUGGCUCUUUACCAACUGCCGACUGGAGAUAUUACAAAAGAUGUACCGACGCGCCGGUUGCAUUACUUCACUAAACGACAGCCCCCUAUCUCUCAUCUGAUCUCCCUGUUUGUACGAGACACUUCCUCAGAAAAUGUCCAGAUGCUGUCACAUGGCUCAGCUGACAUUAUCUUGGAGGCCUGCACUGACUUUUGGGAUGGUGCUGAUAUUUAUCCCCUUUUAGGGUCUGACAGAAAAAAGAUUCUGGACUUCUACCAACGUGCCUGUCUGUCGGGUUACUGCUCCGCCUUUGCCUAUAAACCCAUGCAAGGUCCAUUGUCCAGUCAGUUAAAUGGCAAGUGUUUGGAGUUGGCAUCUGGGCCCUGCCUAUUCUCAGGACUGGAGCUGUCCUUAACCACCCCUAACAAGCACCCUUCCUGGAGGAACAGUUGGAGCUCAGACGAGGGUAUAGGUGAAGGAAUGGAAUGUGACAAUGGUGUGCAAGCCCUAAGUGGACAGAUCUUCAUGGGCAUGGUUUCAUCCCAGUUCCAGGCCCGACUGGACACAGUCCGACUCAUUGAUGCACUGAUCACGGCGUGCAUUCGAUUUGUUUACUUUUCCAUGGAGGACGAACUCCGUAGCAAGGUUUUUGCAGAAAAGAUGGGCUUAGAGACAGGUUGGAACUGUCAUAUCUCACUGACUUCAAAUGGAGAUGGUCCAUGUGAAGGAGCUCCCUCCAGCCCCUGUCAUGGCUCCGUCCAUGAAGACCUGAACCAAGAUUCUCGAGAUGAAGCAGAAGGUCCACUGCUGUCAGAGGAGGUUCAUUCAGACUUGGCAAGUUUCCAGCCCACAGACAGUGAUGUUCCCAGCUUUCUGGAAGACUGCAACCGGGCAAAGCUUCCACGUGGCAUUCACCAGGUUCGACCUCAUUUGAAGAACAUAGACAACGUGCCUCUGUUGGUGCCGCUCUUCACUGACUGCACCCCUGACACAAUGUGUGAGAUGAUAAAGAUCAUGCAGGAGAACAGGGAGGUCACAUGCUGUUUGGGAAGUGCCUCCAAUUUCCGCAACAGUCGCCUUUUUCUGCAGAGUGACCUCAGCAUCGCUCUGGAUCCGCUUUACCCAUCCCAGUGUUCAUGGGAGAUGUUCAGUUAUGCCACCAGAGGUGCGUUCAGCAGGAGCACCGAAGGUCUGUCUCCUCUGAGGCUCUCCGGGCAACUCAAUAGUCUUGGCUGCUCUGUGACCUUUCACCAAGGAGAGAGUGUCAGCAUGACCAAGCUCAUAGAGCAGGCACGACACACAACAUACGGCAUUCGCAAGUGCUUCCUUUUUCUGCUGCAGUGCCAACUCAGUCUGGUCAUCAUACAGUUUUUAGCCUGUUUAGCUCAGCUCCCUCCUCCAAUGAACACCACGGACAUCCUCUGGCUCUCAUGCUUCAGCUGCCCACUGCUAAGCUUGUCACUUCUGGGAAAGCCUUCAGAUAGUUCAGUAAUGACUGUUGCUACCGGGAAGAAUCUCGAUGCUAUUCCAAAGAAGACUCAAAACUACUUUCUUGGCUGCUUUGUUUUGAAGUUUGGCUUGACAGUGUGUGCCUAUUUGUUGGCCUUUGGAUUCACACUGCAAGAGGUCUGUCUCAGAAGCACAAACUUAACCAUGUUUGAAAACGCGACUGGAAAUUGUCUGCAUAUACUCACAGCCAGCUCUUCAAACCAUGCUCCUCGUUGGUUCAGUGAAUUGUCUAAUGGCCUGCUGCUGACCCAGAAGGUCAUGACUGGGUUCCUGGUCUUACAUACAGUGGUGAUCUCACUCAGCUAUGUCCACCGUUCUCAGUCUCUGUGGCGAAAGAGUCCUUUCAGCAAUCCCUGGUGGUGUCUCGCUGUACCUGUGGUUCUGCUCAGUGAGAUUGUGCAGGCCACUGUGGAUUACCAGUUGUGGCAUGACCAGCACAGCCUCCUGAACUUUGGUCUGGGUGACAUACCUCUGCUCAGCUGGCUGCUGGUCUCUCUGUCCCUUCUGCUGGUGGUGGUGGUCAAUGAGGUGGUAAAGCUACAUGAGAUAAGGGUGCGGGUUCGCUAUCAGAAGAGACAGAAGCUGCAGUUUGAAACAAAGCUCGGAAUGAACUCUCCAUUCUGACGAAUGACUUAAGAAUUUGACCACUGGUUCUACUCAAAUCCAUGAAUAGCCAAAGAAGGGAAUUUACCACUUGUUAGUAAUAUAGUAAUGCAAACUAUGUCGGUGCAGACAUCAAAAAGUGUGCUUUUAGGCUUAAAAUCAAAAUGUUUAAACGGGGGUCUUUUUUCUAUUUUGCUCAGAAUCCCGGCAGCAUAUUCUAACAAUAUGUGAGGGGAUAAAGGUUUGUCAUCUGAUUUGAAUUGUUUUUAAAAACAUAGACACUUUGUCUUUUGUGGUAGACAUGAAUUCCACUGCGAACUCUUUUGUGAAUCACUUUUGUCCUUCGGAAUUCUGAUAUGACGCUGUGCUAUUAUUGAUAGCCAGUCAAAUUGUUGCACAUCAGCUGAUCAAUUCAAGACAGCAUUUGUGAUAAUCAGCCACACCAACUAUCGUGAGUAUGACAUGCAAUGAUAAUUAAAUCUACAAUCAACAAUGAACAGGCCCUGGCAACCGUUGUUUAUAUGGCAUGCUCUAAAUCAGGGAUGGGCAACUGGUGGGCCGCGUGGGGCACCUCCCACUUUACAACCAGCCAGCAAUGGAAGAACAUCGUGAGCGUCAAAAGCCCAUUAUCAUUUCCAUAACCACGCCUCGAACCCAACCCCGUCACUCUUCAGAUUAUAAAAAGGUAUGACUCAGCACCCGCGACUACACGUUUUCUCUGGUGAGACAAACCCUCUGUAAGAAGGAGAAUGAAGGCAUCCAGCGCCACUCUGAGACAUGUGGCCACGCGGUGGGAAUCCCUCGAUGAUGUGAGAGGAGUACCUUUCGGUUCCAGAGAGGGGGUAUGGGCGGGAAUCACCGCAGAUACUCUAACUGGCUGUAACAAACCUAUAAUUAAAAGCAUAAACCCCAGAAACUCUGCGUUGAGGAAACCUCCGAAACCGUUACCAACCGCGCGGCUGAUUGUUACAACUGCGACUGUGAUGAAAAUGCUACCGGGGCUGACCUAACACCAGAGGCUGACGCUGAGAACUUCGUCAACAAUAACGUUGAGCUGGGUGAGACUUACUAUACUUCUCCGGAACACCGUGGCAUGCGAGAAGACACCAUCAGCCUGCAGCCUCCCAACACAACUGGCCGACACCCCAGCUGUCUUCAACCGCAUCCUCACACGAUGUUGAUGAAAGAGUGGACGAGUUAAGUUGGACAGACCCCCCCGGACAAUUGGUUGUCUUCAGAUGUGGUGCUUUAUAUUAAGAUAACCAUCUUAUAUCUCCUCAGACGCUUCUUGAGAAAUUACAGUAAAGGUGACUGUUUCGGAUGUAGAGUAAAUCAACCUAAUCAAAGACGGAAAUGUCGAGAACUUGGGGAGGAUUAUUACUUAAGUAAACACUUCUAUCACAUCAUUCCAGACAUCUGCACCGAGCACUUAUACCAAGUAUUCAUUAAAUGUUAAAUCUAUAUCACCUGAUGACGGAUAGAGAGACCGUCAAACACGUGGUGGAGACUUGACUGUUGUAGCUCGAACCCGUGAAGAAUAUACUGAGCAGAUUCGAAGAGUUGGAAGAUUACAGACACAAGCUGGUGGUUGACGACGAAAAGAUGAGUCUGGUGGAGAAUUACCUCAGUCAUGGGGAAUGUGUUUAGAAAACGUAUGACUCGCCGACGCUGUACGUUGAUCGACAUUUUGGACAGAACCAUCAGAUACACACCUACCUCCGAUAAAGACGCAGAAGUUUCAAAAAUGUUACUUAAAAGUCUUAAAUUUUCCCCAAAAUAGACGGGGCGCCUUAUGAUGCGGCUCGCCUUAUGUGUGCACCUAGUUCCAACAUCUGUAAAUGUUGUGUGAUGAGCGCUCCGCUUGAUUGUUUUUUUAUUUAAUUGGUUUUUUUUUUGGGUGACUUUGUUUUGACCGCUUGACUGACUGGGAGCAUUUCCUGCCGACACGCUGCUUAUAGAGAGGAAAAGCGGACGUGGCUGAGGACAGCAUGGGGACGUAAAGGGGGAAGGGUGCGUGAAGGAGGAUGCUAAAGCCAUGCCCCCAGUAGGUAUAUAGCGCCGGGGUGUGCAUUGUGCAAAACAACACCGGUUUCGCUAAUGACCACCGGAAAUGGCACCUACGAAGAGACACGCUUACGAAGCACAGUUUAAACUGCAAGCUGUCAGUUACGCAGAAGACCAUGGGAAUAGAGCAGCCGCGAGAGAAUCCUAGAUCAACAAAUCCAUGGUUCGCAAGUGGAGCAAGCAGGAAAACGAGCUUCGCCAAGUCAAGAAGACGAAGCUGAGUUUCCGCGGAAACAAGGCGAGGUGGCCUGAGUUGGAAGACCAACUCGAGCAAUGGAUUAAUGAGCAAAGAACAGCUGGGAGAAGCGUCUCUCCAGUCACCAUUCGAAUGAGGGCAAUAACGCUUGCAGAAGAAAUGAAAAUUGAACAUUUUCAAGGAGGUCCGUCUUGUUGCUUUUAUUUUAUGAAACGACGCCAUUUAUCCAUCCGGGCAAGGACUUCUGUGGCGCAGCGACUUCCGGCGGAUUACAAAAAGAUGGCAUGGGAGCGAUGGAUGACAGAGGGCGAACACAUCUUUACUAAGAUUAGGAGGCAGCGCCGGGCGUGUUACGCCACAAUUUGUGAAUGGAUUGUGGAUGCUUGGGCUAACGUGUCUGCUUGCACUGUUGUUCGAGCUUUUGUAAAAGCCGGCAUCAUUUCUGAGGAGCCGCACGGCAACGAGUCUGACUCCGACGAGUACGAGAGGGAACCUGCCGUGUUUGAUGGAGAACUUGCCCAGCUGUUAAUUUGGGAUACAGAAGAUGAGGACUUUGAUGGAUUUGUGGAUGAGGAUUGAUUUAAAAAAAUAACGUGAGUACAUUGUUAAAUACUUCGAUAAAGUACAACUGCACUCAGUUUUGCUCCCGCUGCCUUUUUAAAACCAUUGUUUUAGCAUGCAUGCAUGCUAAAACUGUAUUUUAAGAUAAUACGGUGCACCUUAUGUAUGUGUUAAAUACAGAAGUAGACCCUGUAACUGAGAUGACACCUUUUAAUACGGUGCGCCCUUUGGUCGUGAAAAUACGGUAAUUACACAAAAAGUCAGGUGUCAACGUCAUUAUUCCAACAACCCUGGGAAUCGUUUGUAAGCCAAAUCAUAUCCGAGGGUGAUUCAUGCUUGACAUAUUUAAAAACAUUUUGGAAAGUUGGGAGGGUGAUAUCGGAGUAGGUCACCUGUUGGCUCUUUUCAGUUUGUCCAUCGAUGUCAUAAAAUACCGCUUGCAAAACAACCACCUGGUGGAGAUACCCUAUGAACUGAAAGCUGCUUUAGAGUUAAAAGUCCAACCUAUGGUCCGAACUGAGGCAUUUAUUUUUAUCAGGUCUUAGAAAUUGUUUUUCAACACAGUUGUUAUUUUAUUAUUUGUUUAACUGUGACGCGUGUUUCAUUAUUAUUAUUUAUCUUCUUUAAAAACCUAUACAGGCUUAGGGAAUGUUUAUCAAACCUCUUUAGAACUUGUUUUAUACACUUCAUUUUGUGUGAGAACCAAUAAACAAAGCUGUGUCUAUGUGUGGAAAUAAAUACUUUUACACAACGUUGUUCUACAUCAUAUGCUACCAUGAAGAGGUACAUGAAGAAGAUAAUUACAACAUAGGCCACUCAGCAAGUUUUGGAGGCGUAGAACGCCUUCAUACAGCUGUGCAGGAGAAAAUGGGGAGAAAAGUCAGUUUUUAGCAAGCCAAGAUGCCUUGCAUAAACCAGCCAGAAUUAAUUUCCCUAGAAACCAUAUCCAGAGUGAAUGCUUGCAUGUGUCAAGCAGACCAGGAGAAGCUCAUCCAUGCUUUUAUCUCAAGUAGACUUGACUAGUGUAAUGGUUUUCUGACUGGACUCCCUAAAAAGCUGUUGAAUUGGUUCUGACCAGAACAAAGAGGUCAGAGCAUGUAACUCCAAAUCUAAAGUCUUUACACUGGCUUCCAGUCAGCUUUAGAAUAGAUUUUAAAGUUCUGCUACUGGUCUAUAAAUCACUAAAUGGUUUAGGUCCCAAAUACAUGAAUGAAAUACUCCUGGAAUAUAAACCCAAUA